UAGAGACGCCUAUGGUGUCCUUCAAAACCGACUGAAGUUUUUUGACAUCUUACACUGACAUCUGUCAAAAAGUAUUCCCAAUUGUCAGCGGAGAAUAAUUUGUCAAUAAAUUAUCAAAGUUGUUUAUGUUGCGAAGAGCGCGAAUUACAGUAGUUUUUUUCAUUUUCUAUUAAAAAGCAGAGUUUUGAAAAUGACUUCAGCUUUAUACCUGGAGCACUACUUAGAUAGUCUCGAGCAUCUGCCCAUAGAGUUACAACGAAAUUUUACGUUAAUGAGAGAUUUGGAUUCCAGAGCUCAAGGGUUAAUGCAAAAAAUCGACUCAUUAGCUGAUAAUUAUUUACGCAAUCAAAAGACCAUAACACCAGAAGAAAAAAAGGAACAAUUAGACAACAUACAAUCAUUAUUUAAUAAAGCUAAAGAAUUAGGUGAUGAUAAGGUCCAACUCGCCAUACAAACUUAUGAACUAGUUGAUAAACAUAUUAGACGUUUAGAUAAUGACUUAGCUAGGUUUGAAUCAGAAAUUCAAGAUAAGGCUCUAAAUUCCCGAAAUCAAGAUGAACCAUCAGUUGGUAAAAAAGGUCGCAAGAAAACAAAGGAUGGCAAAACUGAAAAGAAAAAGCGACCAGGUAAUUCCAGUGAGGAAGAUUCAGCAGGAACUGUUCGAGGUUCAAAGAAAAAGAAACAAAAAGGAUCAGGUUCGACUGGAAAUGGUGGUAGUAAUUCGGGCAGUGGAGCCAAAACUGCCUCAGGUGAGGCGGUGGAUGCAGUGUCAGUAUUACCUGGUUUAGCUGGAAUUGCACACCCAAGUGAUGUACUAGAUAUGCCUGUAGAUCCUAAUGAACCAACAUAUUGCCUGUGCCAUCAAGUUUCUUAUGGAGAAAUGAUAGGCUGUGACAACCCAGAUUGCCCCAUAGAAUGGUUUCAUUUUGCUUGUGUUGGUUUAACCACGAAACCAAAAGGGAAGUGGUAUUGCCCAAAGUGUACACACGACAGAAAGAAAAAAUAAUGUGUUGAUAAGUAUUAAAAUUUAGGUAAUUUUGUAUUUUAUGGAGAUUGUUUUUUUAUCGACAAAACUAUUUGUUUACACUCAGAUGUGUAUAAAAGUUGUUAUUUUUUUCUAAAGAUAAGUAUAAAUUAGCACACUUUUUUAUAAAAGUGUAAAGAGUGAUUUUUUUACUUUUAUUGUAAAUCAAUUUGCUCAUAGAAAACUGUAAGGAGCAAAACUAGCACAUCACAGUAUAUUUUCACUAAAUGCUAAAAAUAUUUUACGAUUGAGAUAUCUACAGAGUAUGGAAUAAAUUACUUAGAUUUUAUAAAAUUCUUUACAGUUGUCUUUGAGAUCUUGAUCACAUUGUUGCCAUUUUGUAGCAUAUGUGUUACAUUGAUAAAA